AUGUGGAUCUUCGUAUUAUCGCUAAUUUUGGUUACCACAGUCUAUUGUGAUGAGCUACAGUAUUGCCCCCCAAAUCUUCAGCGAUCAACACAUCUGAAGACAUACAAUGGUCAUUGUUACGAGUUCAUGAUCCACCGACAUGUAGAGUGGAAUGUAGCAGAAAAUGACUGCAGUUCCAAAGGAGGAACUCUGGCUGUUGUCAAUAAUAUUGAGGAACAAUUUUUCAUCAUGUCUGCAUUAAGAUCUUUUCCAUUCCAUGGUCAGGGGGUUUGGAUAGGAUUAAGUGACACUCAGCAGGAAGGGAAAUUCACUUGGAUUAAUGGAGAGGCGUCAUCCUUCACAUACUGGGCACCAGGGCAGCCCGGAGUGGUGGAUUUACCCAGUAUCGGUGGUAGAAAACGUCUGAUUUUGGACACUUUAACAGGAGGAGGCCUUCAUCUUCCACAUCUGAUAGACGAAGAUUGCGUCCUGCUCAAGUACUCGGACUCUGGUCACUGGCAUGACUAUCCCUGUGUUAAAUUGGAUCCUCUAGGUCUUGUGCAUGAGAAUUAUCCAUAUGUUUGUGAAUACAACCAAACGCCCGUUCCGACAAGCACCACACUAGGAACACCCAUGAGGCCAUCAACGCCGAGUACCACCACAUUAGGUGGGCCUAUUUCUGUCACGACUCCAGAACCUGACAUAGCCGGCACCACCACAUCAGGCGCUAUCGUUGGCUCAGUGGGAGAGCUCGUAAUAGGCUAAAAAGGAUGUUAAAUUGUGAUAUGCAUGUAUUU